CCUUCUUCUUUAACAUGGAGAGGUCCGUCUCUCAGGCCAAACAGGUGGUCUGUCUCUGCCUUCCUGUCUCUGCCGGUCCAGAUCAGAGCGAUAGAUAAGAACAGAGUGGCGACAGCCUUUGAUGUCGCCGACAGUGCGGUCACGUGGUUCAUGUAAACCUCAAUAGUUCCAAACACAGCCUCCGCUGUCAUGUUCUUCUAUGGGACAGACAGCAGUGAGCUCGCUUUUGAACGGUAAAUCAAUCAAUCAAUUUUAUUUAUAAAGCCCAAUAUCACAAAUCAAAAUUUGCCUCACAGGGCUUUACAGCAUACGACAUCCCUCUGUCCUUUGGACCCUCACAGCAGAUAAGGAAAAACUCCCCCAAAAAAAACCUUUAACGGGGAAAAAAAACGGUAGAAACCUCAGGAAGAGCAACUGAGGAGGGAUCCCUCUUCCAGGACGGACAGACGAGCAAUAGAUGUCGUACAGAUCAACAUAAUAAAUUAACAGUAAACCGUAUGACACAAUGAGACAGAGAGAGAGAGACAGAAACAGAGACAGAGAGAGAUGCAGGAUAGACGGUAAUGGCAGUAGCUUACAACAACAUUAAUGAAAGUAAUAAUAUUAUAAUUAAUAAUAAUAUAUUAAUAUCUGAUAGUAUACAUGUGUGACAAUAAUCAUAUGUGUAUAAUAACAGUAGAAGUAUGACUAAUGAUAACAGCAGCAGCAGGAGGCAUCUGGCAGGACCACGGCAGCAGCACAACCACACACGUCACACUAUCCAGGCACCGCUGCAAUACGAGUUAACCUGAGAGACAGUGGAGCACAAAGGCUCCGGAGAAGAAGCCGAGUUAGUGACAUCCAGAAUGGCCGAGUUAGCAAGAUGCAGUAAUUGGCCCGUUGCACAAGAGGGCGUCGUUUAACUUCCGGGUUCUUCGGGGUGAGCAUUACUGUUUCCGGUUGUAGUGGAGAAGCGAGAAGAAGUGAAUAGAUAGCGAACAUGAGUGUAUUUAAGAUUAAGGAGAAACGAUUGACAUAUCAACGGCAAGAGAAGAAAACGUCCCUGCAUUGUUGUGUGCCUCAAUGUGCUAAUUCGUCGAGGUACAACUCAGAAAUUAGUUUUCAUCGGUUUCCAAUUGAUCCGGAGGUACGGGCUCAGUGGCUCAUUAAGAUCCGAAGAGACAACUUCAAUCCCACCCAAAAUACACGCCUCUGUAGUCGGCAUUUCCAGACUGGUGACUUCGCUGUGACAGCUGGGGGACAGAGAAGACUAAACAAAGGAGCCGUACCUUCUCUGUUUGCCUGGAAUGAUUACACCAUACCCGCACCGAGGCUUAACGUUUGGGUCCGCCGGCCGAGAUGCCCUUCCCCGGACUUAGCAGCGUCUGACUCCGACUCCGAGAUGGAAGUGCAGGAGGCGCCUGAGCAUGAUUACUGCGUUACUCCGAUGACCUCAGUAAUGUCAGAUGAGUUGGCAAGCGAAAACGAAGCACUGAAGAGAAAAGUGCAGGAGCUACAAAACCAGCUUGAAACUUUACAGCUGCAGUCUCGUUUUGGGCUGCAACGCCUUGCAGGAUCAGACGAGGAUAUUCGUUUUUACACAAGAUUUGCGUCAUACAAGCAUUUCCAAGCCUUUUGGCGACUGGUGGAGCCCGCUGUAAAAACUAAGAUGGUGCGGAUCACCAGUGCCAAUGCUGCCUCUGCCAACAGCAAUGAGCCAACUCAACUAAGAGCAACAAAACUUGCACCCAUAGAUGAAUUACUGCUGUUUCUGAUGCACCUGUCUGUGGGCCUGCCUCUCAGAGAUCUUGCCAACCGUUUUGGUAUUCAUCGCACCACAGUCAGCAGAAUCAUUGCUACCUGGACACACUUUCUGUACCAUCUACUUGGUUCCAUCUGCCUGUGGCUACCAGCAGAAGAAGUCAAAGCUCACUUACCACCAGAGUUUUCAUCAUUCCCUGACACACAAGUGGUGCUUGACUGUACAGAAAUAUUUUGCCAAACUCCCUCCUCUCUCCUUUUGCAGAGUGAGGUGUUUUCAACAUAUAAAUCACACACCACAUUCAAGGCCAUGAUUGGUAUUGCACCACAUGGUCCCAUCACCUUUGUGUCUGCGUUGUAUGCAGGUUCUAUGAGCGACAGGGAGAUUUUCAAGCUAUCUGGCAUUACCAAACUCCUCACGGCAGACAUGGCUAUUAUGGUAGACAAGGGCUUUCUUGUGGACAACCUCGUUCCCUGCAAGGUUUACCGACCUGCCUUUCUUUCAAAACACACAAACACCCAAAUGUGUAGGGAGGAUGUUCAGCAGAAGCAGUCUAUUGCCCGCUUGAGAGUCCAUGUUGAGCGGUGUAUCCGGAGGGUUAAGGAGAACAAACUCUUUGACAAAGUCAUACCGCUAUCAGUGUGUGGAAACAUUGAUCAGCUGUUCAGUGUGGCUUGCUUCCUGGUAAACUACCAGAAUGGACCACUGAUGAAGGCAUGGGCAGGUAAACAUUGAUUGUGACUCAUGGAAGUUACAACCUAAAACAUGAGCAUAAACAUGAGCACGCUGUGUAUAGUUUACAGAUGUUGCAUUACAUGAUUUCUGGACUUUGAAGUUAAAACUUUCAAAAACAUUUGGGGCUGCAGGUGUUGCCUUGCGCUACAUUAAUUUUAAUUCUAGUCUGUAGUUUGUAAGUGCAUUUGUAUGAAGUUUCUUGGGUUCCUAGUUAAUGUUCGGUCAAAUACCACCUUCUCAAUAUUUUUCUCAUCACCCUCAGUCACUUUUUAAACAGUUUUUACCUGCUAGCAUAAUUAUUUAGGGCUGCAACUAACAAUUAUUUUAAUAAUCGAUUCGAUUAUUUUUUCGAUUAAUCGAUGAAUCGGUUAAAAAAAAAAAAAAAUUAUUUCCACCCCUUUAUUCAAUAACAGAACAUUAUUUCAAAUUGACAGUGCUGAAUAGAGCCUCAACUAACGACUAUUUUGAUAGUCGACCAGUCACUGACUUUUGACACGAUUAGUCGACUAAUUGGAUUAUGGAUCGCAUAAUUAUUAAAUUACUCUUACAGUAUCUGUGUAUAAGUGAGUACACCCCUCCCAUUUUUGGAAAUAUUUUAUUACAUCUUUUCAUGGGACAACACUAUAGAAAUGACACUUUGAUAUAACUUAAAGUAGUCAGUGUGCAGCUUGUAUAGUAGUAUAGAUUUACCUUCCUCUGAAAAUUACUCAAAACACAGCCAUCAACAUCUAAACAGCUGGCAACAUAAGUGAAUACACCCCACAGUGAACAUGUCCAAAUUGUGCCUAAAGUGUCAAUAUUUUGUGUGCCAACCAUUAUUAUCUAGCACUGCCUUAACCCUUUUGGGCCUGGAAUUCACCAGAGCUCACAGGUUGCUUCAGGAAUCCUCUCCCACUCCUCCAUGAUGACAUCGUGGAGCAGAUGGAUGUGAAGACACCUUGCGCUCCUCCACCUUCAGCUUGAGGAUGCCCCACAGGUGCACAGGUGAGUUUAGGGCUCGAUACAUACUUGGCCAGUCCAUCACCUUCACCUUCUUCAGCAAGGCAGAUGUGAUCUACUAGGCGUGUUUUGGGUCAUUAUCAGAUCCGGCAGCACUCAUGCAGCCCCAAACCAUGAUAUGAGAGUGAGUGAGUGAGUGAAUGUGAGAGAGAGAGAGAGAGAGAAAGAGAGAGAGAGAGAGAUUCUAUAUACUAUUUAUAUCCAAGUUUUAAUUUAUGUUGUAGAAAGUACAUUUAUUUUGUGAUACCAAUUGAUAAAAUGAUUCAUCUAGCGUAACCUUUGUACUAAUAUUUAAGUCUGUUGAAAGCAGUUGACUGCCAAAUAUUUACAUGUCAGCAUUGUUAACAUUGCCCAAAACAUUCUACAAAUUGUAAAAUAGAUCUGAGAUUACGUUAAUUUUAUCCGUUUAGAGAUAAGGAGUGAGAAUUCCUGUUACAUUUCUAUUUUGUUUGUUUUUAUAAAUGAGAUUGUAAAUUAUG